GCGGCCGAGCAAACCUGACAGGCCUAGUAACCAACAGGAGUUUGCGUGUCCCUUUGACCCAUCUACUUGUUGUAUUAUGUGAGCUUGCAGAUAAAUAUGACAGUCUAAUCAUAACAGGACAUUGUUUACAACAAACACAUUACCCUUAACAAAGCAGCCUAUAUCACCUUACGAAGUUAACGAGCCAAACACGAAGCAGUACAAGUGCGUAAGUUAGUCAGGCUGUCUGAGCAGCAGGACUCAGGAGCUGAUAUGAAGCGGCUCCGCACAGAAGUAAACGAAGCAGAAACACCGACAGGAGAGAAGGAGAAAGAGAGAAGCGCAGUGGAUGUGUCCGUUGUCAUGCCAGUGUACAAUGCAUCCUGUUGGCUGGCUGAAUGUCUACAGGCCAUAUUACAGCAAGACUUCACUGGAUCCAUGGAGCUGUCUGUCUUUGAUGAUGCAAGUACUGAUGACUCCAGGAAAGUGGUGGAGGGUUGGAGGAAGAGACUGGAGACAAGGGGGAUCUCAGUAGUGAUAUCAGGCCACAACUCUUCUCAGCCAAGAGGAGUGGGAUAUGCAAAGAAUAAGGCAGUAUCUCAGAGCUGUGGAAAAUACUUGUGCUUUCAGGAUGCGGAUGAUAUUAUGUUGCCGCAGAGAGUUCGUCUGCAGUAUGAGGCGUCUCUCCUCCACCCAAACACUCUAGUUGGCUCUAGAGUUCAGAGGCUUCCAGAAGGAUCUACAGAGCGUUACACUCGUUGGAUCAACACAAUCAGUCAGGAUCAGCUCAUCACGCAGGUGUACACCUCUCAUGGCCCCACAGUCAUCAUGCCGACAUGGUUCUGCUCAAGGAACUGGUUCUUCAAGGUCGGACCGUUUGACGAGGGAGGCAAGGGAGUCCCCGAGGAUCUUCUCUUCUUCUACCAGAGUCUUCGUCUGGGAGGGGGUCUGUCCAGGGUCGAUGAGUGCCUGCUGGUCUACCGAUACCACGAGAAGGCCGCCACACAUUCUGUGACAGAAGAAACCAUUUGGAAGCUGCGAGUAGACUUCCUGCAGGAGAGAGUUCUCAGCCAAUGGGGGAGCUUCUCCAUAUGGAAUGCUGGGAAACAGGGCCGGAAGCUGUACCGAUCCCUGAGCCCGACCAAUCAGAAGAAAGUCAAAGCGUUCUGUGACGUGGAUGAGAACAAGAUCCAGAAAGGCUUCUACACAUAUGAGGAAUCCAAGGAAAGAUCGAAGCCAAAAAUCCCAGUUCUCCACUACAGAGACGCCUCCGCCCCCUUUGUCAUCUGUGUUAAACUGGAUAUGACAGGAGGCCUUCUGGAGGGAAACCUCAACUCCUUGCAGCUGAAAGAAGGAAUAGAUUACUACCAUUUCAACUGACUACUGGAGGCAGAAGGAGCCCUGCAGCUUCAAAAGGCAGAUGAAAGCAGAGAACUGGAUAACUUACUGCAUACACACCAACUGAGGGAUAGGCAGGUAACAGGAAAAGAGAAAACUGACCAUUGGAACAGAAUCAAUGACAACACCCAGGACAAGAGUAAGAGAAGGUUAUAAUGUGUUUUCAGUGUUAAAAGACACUUUUUUAUGUGGGAACUUUUUCACGUUUUGAAAGUUCUACUUGGCAAAGUGGACAUAUUGGCUGAUAAAGACACAACAGUACUUCCUAGCCAAAGCACUGGAGUUGUUAGAAUUAUUGUCAUAGAAGCAUAUACUGUAGGAAUAGCUUGACAUUUUGGGAACUAUUUUUAUUUGCUUUCUUGCUGAGAGUUUGACGAGGUGAUUGAUACCAUUCUCCUCAUUCUCCCUUCGGUCCACCAACUAUGAAGCUAUAGCCAGAAGAUGGUGAGCUUAACUUAGGCCUAAAGACUGGAUAUGGGGGAAGCAGCUGGCCUGCUAUAUUAGGCUAACACAACUCCACCUUCCAGUAUCAUAAAGCUUUUUAGCACAUUACAUCUUGUUUGUUUAAUACAUACAAAAAAAAAAACAACUUGACAUUUUGUGGGAGUUACAUAGUAAGUUGGUGUGUUUCCAUCCAGCUGUUUUAAAACUGAGAUGGAAAAUGUUCUGUAUUUAUCAAAGCAAGAUUCAACAAAAUGUAACAGAACUUUGCACGUACAGCAUGAUGUAGUGAAUACAUGUAUUUCCCAAAAUGUUGAAUUAUUCUUUAUCAAAAGCUUAAACAUGGGCGUUCAGGUUGACUAAGAAGGCUACAAAGUGGAGUGGAUGGCUGUUUUUAACUCAUAACACUUUUAUUUUACUGAUCAGGGGACAUCUGUUUAUUACAGAAGAGGAAAAGACGAUUGCCAGUGUUGAGCAUUGGAGGAAUAAAAUGUGUUGUGUUUGCUAAUCCUGUGCAGAACGCUAUUUGCCAACAUGUACACUUGACGUGAAGUUAAAGGAAGUAAUUCCCCCCAGAAGGCUCAACUUAUAAAGUGUGGAGUCGGCACAUGGCCAGAAUUCUCAUACUGAUUUCUUAACGAUUUUGUCUGAUGCAAUGAUGCAAAAUCAGAUAAACACACUCAUUUGGUACCAAUG